GGUGCAUUUCAGUCAUCUGAUGUACUUUUCUGACGGGUGGGGCUAGGAAGUGUACAUGUGGACUAUAGUUUCCUUGCAGACUCACCUUCGUGUUCAAAGAGCUGAAGUGUCGACAACCAUGGAGUCCACAGUGAAGAAGUUAGACGUUACCUACAACCCCAUCAAUGAGAGGAACACCUUCACUAAUGGAGACUUCAUUACAGGACAAGUCAUGCUGGAAAUGGGUAAAAACUGUCAGAUCGACUCCCUGUUUGUUAAGUUCAAGGCGAAGGCUGAUGUUACGUGGUCAGAGACGUAUGGAAAGACUACUGUGGUGUAUCACUCCAAAGAGAAAUACUUCACCAUGAAGCAGUACUUCAUCCAAAGCAAAGACUCGAAGGAUGGUGAAUAUGUCCAGCUGAUAAACCAGACCUCAAACUAUCCCAGUGUUGUGGCCCCCGGAGUCCAUGUCUACCCGUUCACCUUUCAGUUUCCUGUCCAGGAUUAUCCAUCUUCCUUCAAAGGUCCUCAUGGUAAGAUUGUGUAUUCAUUGGAGGCCUGUUUGAGCAGAUCCAUGAGGCCAAACAAGAAAGAAUCCACGACUGUCAGCUUUGUCUCAAAACCUGACAUCAGUAACAUCUCUGCAUUAAAGACACCACAACGCAUGUCUAUGGACAAGAAAAUGAAGGUCUUUACCUCAGGGUCUUUGGCUAUGGAUGUGAAUCUUGAGAAGUCCUGCUUCGUUCAAGGUGAAGCUAUAAAGGUGGUAUCGUUCAUCAAAAACAACUCCUCUCGUGAGAUCAAGCCCAAGUACUGCAUUUACAGAAAGCACAGUUUCUUUGCAAAAGGGAAGAGAAAAGUGCAUACUAAAGAUCUCAUAAAGGAGGAAGGAUCUCCCAUCCCAGAGAAGGCAUCAGAAACAGUGACCCAGGUCAUUGCCAUUCCUCGUGACGCUGAGCCAUCCAUCCUCAACUGCAACAUCAUUAAAGCAGAGUACAGACUGAGGGUUUACCUCGACAUCAAGUAUGCUUCAGAUCCAGAGGUCAAAUUUGACAUAGUCAUUCUGCCAGCUGCUCAGAUGGUUCCGGAUGGACCAUCAUCAUCAAAUGCUUGGUUUGGCACUGAACCUUUUGGGAACCCAGCUGCUUCUGUCUGGAACUUUGGACCAUCAGCACCAAUUCAGCCUUCUGCUCCUCCUUCCUAUGAUUUUAAUGGAAUGUAUCCUUCUUUGAAUGAUUUUUCUUAGAAUUAUUAACGUUAGGGUUUAGCGUUUUUGUGAGAUUUUUUUUUUUUUUAAUCAGGUUAUUAUUCAUCUUUAAAACAUGUUUGGCCACUUUCAAAAUGUAUUCCCGAAUCAUCAAUUAUCUUGUGAAUCUGGAGAUUUUGAAAGUCACUGGUGUGCAGUGAAUGAAUAAUUUAAGCUUCUUCACAUCAUGCAAUAUCCAGAUGGAAGUGGCUAUUGCAUGAUGGAUAAACUAUAAUAAUAAAGGAGUGGACUUGGUCAGCAUCAGCUGGAUUCUUGUCGUAAUGGGACGUUCAGCUGUUUUUUCAAAGUGGGCAAAAAUAAUCUUCCCCAUAUGAUUAUACUACCACCACAAAUCUAAAGCAGUAUGAACCCGGCUUUCAUGUUUUUGCAACACUAAAAAAGGUCCAGUGGGUGUAUAGCAGAAUGUUUUGGAAUUCCCAGACAAAUAGAUCACAUUUUACUGGCCUGUAAUAUAAUUAAAGGGUUUCCAUACAUUUGCAAAGUGUUUUCUUCUUCUUUUUUCUUGCCUGAAAAGUUUGAGCCUUAGUAAAGAGGACAAAACGACAAGGUCCUAGCUUUGAUUUAAAGUUGUUUUAAUG